AUGAGAUUUUAUUUUCCUGUCGAAGAAAAGUUUUCUCCAUUGAUUAAUGCUUUUGAUAUUACCAAUGUUACACACAUGUUAAAUAUUUAUGAAUUGGAAUCAUUGAAAGAAAGAAAUUCAUCUUCACCACCUUUAUUGAACUUUUUGAUUGAGAGAAAUGGUGAAAUGAUGAUUGAUUUAAUGAAUCAUCUCUUUGGAAGUAAUUCAAAAUUUAAUAUUAUUUCAGUUUCUGGAGGUGGACCAUUUGGAAUGCACAUUGCUAAAAAGUACCCAAGCAGAGUGAAAUCUCUGCAAUUAAUUGCACCUGUUACGAGAAAUUUAAUGAUUGGAAGAGGAGAAUCACCAAAGAAAAUUUCAAAUCUUGUGAAUUUAAUGAAUGAAAAACAGGAAACUAAUGAGGAGAUUAUAGUAUCCAAGAUUGGGGACCAAAGCGAUGAUUCAAAUUUGAAGAGUAAAUUUUUGGGUAUGGAUGUAGAGGAGCCAAAGCCAUUUAAUGCCAGUAUUGGAUUUGGUGCUUUUGCUAUGGAUCCAUCUGUAAUGUUCAGAAGUCAAAAGCCAAUUUUAAAGUUGAUGAGCUAUAUGGUUGUAAGAUUGGUAAAGUUCUUCCCUGAUCUAAUUCUAAAGUUCUCCGUUGUCAACACUGAACCAGAAAUGUUGGACAUGAAAUGCCUCGAGAAGACUAAAAUCACAUUUGAAAAGUAUCAAUUAAGAGAAGGACUCGAGUACAACAUUGCCACAAUUCACAAUAAGAAUAUUGGAUACAUUACUGAUUUGCUUCUCUUUUUGCAAUUUUCAAAGAGUAAGAAGGACUAUUUACAAUCCAUCAAAACUCCAACUCUCAUCCAGGCCAGUAUUUUCGACAAGACUGUAGAUUAUGAGGAUCAAAUCAUCUACGCAUUCCAACACCUUCCAAAUAGUAAGCUCGUUACUUAUGGAGAUUGUGGUCAAUUAUUCUUUGCCAAUCGUAUUGACAAAGUAUGUCAACACAUUAAUGAUUUCAUUCAAAAGCAUACUCCUCAGUAA